UCCAAAGGAAGAAAGAGAAGGGAAUGUAAACAAAACGGACUUGAUGGUUUGCACGUCAUGGUGAUAGGGGUAGUGCGCUUCCACUCAAUCCUACCAACCUUUGUGAGCAAGUGGACUUGCUUAUAAAAGACAUUAGGUCAAAUGAAAACACCAAUGUCGAAUACAAAUCAAGAUUAGUCGGAGGCUUUGAAUCUCGGAGGGAGAAAACGGAGAAGAUCAUGGAUAAAUUUGUUGUGUUGAUAAUUUCAGCUUUGCUGCUAACAGGUUCCGUCGGAGCCAUGGAUGAUUGGAAGGAAGGAAAGGAGGCCAUUCAUGUCGGUGGCAAAGUGUUAUGCCAAGACUGCACCGAGGGAUGGAAGCAAUGGAUCGAUGGUGCCAAGCCCUUGCAAGGUUGCAAGGUAUCCGUAACUUGCCUGGACGACAGAAGCAGGGUGAUGUACUAUGGAAGUGAUCUGACAGAUGAGGCUGGAGACUUUGAUAUGAUCAUUAACAAGUACAUCAACGGGAAGGCGGUCAACGCCGAAAAUUGCUUUUUAAGGCUAGUCUCCUCCCCAGACCCAGUGUGCAACGUUGCCACGGACUUUGCCGGCGGGAAGACGGGGGUGAAGCUCCACCGACCAACCGUCGUGUAUCGGGACGUUAUCAAAUACGUGCUUGGACCCUUCUAUUACACCACCCCAAUGUGCGAUGAGCCUGAUGCUACGAACAAUGGUGACCAUGGCUCGUCAGAUGAAGAUGCAAAGGACAGCAAUUACUACUGAUUAUCUCUAUCUUUAUAUGAAUAUGAUGAUAAUGUCUGUCGCCUUUUCAGUUAAAUGUUACUAAUUUGUUUUUGUU